UUAUCACAAUCAUGUUUGACGUUUCUCUCAGUUGGCAAUUCGUGAUUUAGUGACUUUUCGUCUUGCGUCCCUAACCUAACAAAUUUUGGAAAUGUUCUAGAAGAUUCAGAUUUAUAAUGGCAAUGUUUGGUUUGAUCGUAUCAGGACGCCCGGUCCAAACCGAAUUCCAACCAAUCUCUGAGACUCAAUUCAUAACAACAAUCCCCGACGCCGACAGUAUUAACCACAUAGUGGUGUUCCUCACGGGGGCUAUACCGUUCCCCGAAGGCACCGCCGGGCAAGUGUACUUCAGUUGGCCUGACCCCCAUGCGCCCCCCAAUUGGCAACCACUCGGCCACAUUUCCAACACAAAACCAUCAGCGAUUUUCAAAAUCUCGUCGUUGAAGAAACUGGAAGAGAUGGGGGACUCGAUGAAUAUUUUAUUCGGACAAAGUCAUAUUGUGCAUAAUGCACAAAUCGGGAUCGCUAUUGAGCCCCUUGCGAAUAUAAGAGAAAUCGAAUCGGCGAAUAAUCCCAGUAAUAAUGUUACUUUCGCUCAUAAAAUGUUGGAGAAUUUCAUGAAUUUUGUAUUGAGUUAUUCGGUGACGCAACAACAAAUGGUUGUGGAUCCCACUACUACGUAUGUGCCGUUAGCCACGGUGCAGAAUUGGUACACGAAUUUCGAACGGAGACUCCAACAAAACCCCAAUUUCUGGAAAACGUAGACUGAGACAAGUGUGUGUGUUUGUGUUCAUCAAAGCUGGAUCACGGCGGCUGUUAAGCAAAACUCACAAGCUUUUAAUGUAAAAUUAUAUUUAAUUGAAUAAAAUAUCGAUUUUUUAA